UCUUCGGCAACUAAAAUGGCCUUGAACUUUGAGGAUUUUCCCACAACCCCUUCCACAUUUUCUCCUCAUUCUGGCGCUCUAUCAGAAAAGCUGCGAACUUGCGAAGUGCUCGAUGGAUAUCAGCGGUCACCUUCAUCCCAACGAGCUUUUCAGUUUUCUCUCACUCUCCGCACAGAUGGCAGUUCAGCCGCAGAACAUUUCUCAUCGACCAAUCAGCCGAAGACUCCUCGAGCUCUGGGCAGUGUCGACGUCCAUUUCCCUUUCCGGUUAAGCAAAGGUCUCCAGCCAGUUUUAAUCAUGUCCGACGUGGAAACCGAAGAUGUCUCCGCUGGCGUUGCCGCAGGAGGAGCAAUGGAUGUCAACACUGCCCUGCAAGAGGUCUUAAAAAAUGCUCUCAUUCAUGACGGAGUAGUCCAUGGACUCCACGAAGCUGCCAAAGCUCUUGACAAGAGGCAAGCCUAUCUGUGCAUUCUGGCAGAGAAUUGUAACGAGCCUAUGUAUAAGAAACUUGUCCAGGCUUUGUGCAAUGAACAUCAGAUUCCUCUGAUCAAAGUUGACAACAACAAAAAACUCGGCGAAUGGGCUGGACUCUGCAAAAUCGACAAUGCUGGUAAAGCUCGUAAAGUAGUUGGCUGCUCAUGCGUCGUCAUCAAAGAUUUUGGAGAGGAAACGCCUGCCAGAGAUGUCCUUAUGGAGUACCUCAAACAAAGCUCUGUACACUAAGCCCGUUUUAAUAAAACUACCUAAACUGUA